CGUCGAUCUGAGUACUAGGCUUUAAGCGAAAACCCCCCUGUUUAAACAGGCUUAUAAAUUGUGUUCUAUAGUUCAGACACAACUAUCGAUAUAUACAAAUAAAACGGGUGCGGGACAAUGAAAAAAAUAAAAAGAAUAUCACGAAUCUGACUGCAGGUGUUCUUAUUUCAAUAGAAUUUAAAACGAAAACAAUCAAUAUAUCAUAAUUUAUCUGUGAAGGAACAGUUACCAGACGAAAUGGCACUAAUGGACAUAGAGCUAAAGAAGCUAAUCCAACACCCACUGUACGAGUAUUCGUUAAGAGGCCUUUUCUGAAAUGCAGAUCAACAAACUGGAAACCACCAAGAAGAUCAACAUGAUCGACAUGAAGUGCGACAUGGUCAAAACGGGCAAGCACAAGUACCAGCUUACUGAGAAGGGCACUAGCAGUCUUUCCGAACACGCAAGAGUUUACCAGUCCGUUGGCCGCAUGUUCCUGCUGACGAAUGUGCAGUACAAGCGCGAAGAUCUAAAGGCCAAACAAGAGAAGUGCGACAAGGCGAUAGAACUACCAGAAAAAAAGAAGGCCUUUCUACAGAAGUCCCUCAAGGAUGAAGAAGACGGACUGCGUGAACUCGUGCAACAGCGUAAGGGGGCCGACCUGGUUGCGAAAUAAAUUCUAACUCGGCAUUUAUACCUCAA